AUGUCACGCUUGUUUACUGCCCUGGUAUUGGCCGGCCUUGGUGCCAACCUUGCUGUGGGAACGCCAUUUGAUCAGGAGGAGCAAAACCGAAACGCCGAAUGCGAUAACGGUUGCUUCUUCGGUAGCUUCCCUGGAGGCUCCUGCACAAAUGACGCCGCAUGCAUGUGCACUCAGCAAAAGUAUCAGGCAGUAUGCGGCAUCAAGUUGACAACAUCCACAUCCGCUGCCCCUACCGUCACAAUCACUGUUACCGGUGGAACGGGAACGCAGUCUCCAAUGCCAUCGGCAUCCGGCAGCUCAUCUGUCCUACUUGCUACCACGAUGGCAUCAACCCCUGUGAUAGCACCCACGCUGAGCGCGGGCGUCAACACACCAACUGCUACACCGAGCAGCGGUUCUGCUGAGCGCUUGAUGCUGCGGGGCUCCACAGUUCUAGUCGCUGCAGCCGGCUGGAUGUUCUGGUAG